CAGUGUGGCUGCGCGGCUGUGUUUGUGCGUGUGCAGAAAAGCAGUGAAGAGCUGCUGUUCAGUCAGCGGCAGACUUCAGAUUGCAACGAUGCCUUCCCCGAUCCCCGUGACUCGCCUGCUCCCUAAAGACUUCUACCCCUCUCUGGACAUCGGGACCUGCAGCAGCCCGCUGGCCAAACACUCGCACGGCUCCACCUUGCAGGUCCCCGUCCAGCGGCUGCACGGCAGGGUGGCCAGCCGGCUCUGGUCCUCUGUGAUCCACUGGAAGGAGCUGCGGUGCAUGCAGCCUGUGGGCUCCGGGGGAUUCGGCUCCGUCUACAAGGUGGAGUACCUCGGGGAGACCGUGGCGCUGAAGAAAGUGAAGAAAUGCGCAAAGAACAAGUUGGCCUCCCGACAGAGCUUCUGGGCCGAGCUGAACGCGGCACACCUGCGCCACAGAAACGUCGUGCGCGUCAUCGCGGCCACCACCUGCGUGCCGGCGGGUUUCGAAGACGAGAGCAGCAUCGGGACGAUCCUCAUGGAGUUUGUUGGGAGCAGAAAUCUGCAACAGAUCAUCUACGGCUGUGCAGAGCUGGGGGAGGACCGCUGGCUCAGGUACUCCACAGACAUCGCGCACGGCCUGCGGUUCCUUCACUCGCACAGCAUUGUGCAUCUGGACAUAAAACCAGCCAACGUGCUGGUGUCCAGUGAAGACGUCUGCAAAAUAGUGGAUUUCGGCUGCUCUCUCAAAGUGGACCGUCGCUGUGAGACGAGCAGCAUCGCCCCCCUCCUGAGCCACAUGGGCGGCACGUACACGCACAGGGCCCCCGAGCUGCUGAAGGGCGAGGAGGUGUCUCCUAAAGCGGACAUCUUCUCCUUCGGGAUCACCCUGUGGCAGCUGAUCACCAGGGAGCAGCCCUACACCGGCGACCGGCAGCACGUGGUCUAUGCGGUGGUGGCGUACAACCUGCGGCCGUCGGUCCAGGACCUGCCGGUGUUCCGCUCGGAGCAGGGGCGGCUGUGCAGGACUCUGUUGAGCCGGUGCUGGAGCGGAGAGGCCAGGUGCAGGCCCAGUGCUCAAGAGCUGCUGCCGUACCUGGAGCAGGUGCGCUCCCACAUAUGACUCGGUUUUUACCACUGGUGGACAUGAACCGGCCGCUGAGGGUUUGAUGGAGUGUGGGGGGGUUAGGGACGUUUUAGUCGCUUUUCAGGACCAAGCAGUGGACCCACCUUCACGCCGAAUCCCAUUGAAAAGGUGUAGCAUUAUUGAUAUCUGCCAACAUGGCACGUGUGCCUCAGUAAAUACUGUUGCAACUGUAAAAUGUAUUGUGCGUUUGCUGAGUAGUAUGAGCUCAGUUUAAGUAGCGCAAUGACACAGUUGAGUCUGAUAGUGUAAAAAUCCUCAUUCUCAUCUUAAGUAUUUAGAUUAAACAACUGCUGCACUUUGUUCCUAUGGGGUUAGUGUGUUGAGAGAAGGCAGAUCUCUUCUGUACUAUGAAGAAAACAAAUGCGAUUCGGCCCAUUGGUUCAUUUAAUGUUCAAACUACAUUUUAUAUUGAGAGGUUAGAGAUUACCGUUUGCCAUCACUACUUAUCACUACAUACCACUAACUGUAUAAAAGGAGUUGGUGUUUAGUUGCUGUGAAAGUUCAGACUUUGUUUUA